CGAGUCUCAGUGCUGGGGCUGUCAGGAUGGGGCUGCCAUGGGCUGUCAGGAUGGGGCUGCCAUGGGCUGUCAGGAUGGGGCUGCCAUGGGCUGUCAGGAUGGGGCUGCCAUGGGCUGUCAGGAUGGGGCUGCCAUGGGCUGCCUGGCUGCUGCUCCCGGCUCUGCUGCCCCGGGCCCUCUCUCACCCGCAGUGUUUGGACUUUAAGCCCCCAUUCCGGCCCCCGCAGCCUCUCUCCUUCUGUGUACAAUACAGGGACUUCGGCUGCUGUGACGCCUCCCGGGACGGGGAGAUCAUGGAGACGUUCUACCGGGUGAUGGGGCACGUGGAUGAGGCUGGGUACGAGCUGUGCGCUGCCCAUGUGCAGGACAUCCUGUGCCAGGAGUGUUCUCCCUACGCCGCUCACCUAUAUGAUGCAGAAGACUCUAGCACCCCAAUGCGCUCGGUGGCUGGACUCUGUGAGGACUAUUGUGCGGACGUCUGGAAAAAAUGCAGAUCGCUUUUCCGCUACAUAACUUCUGACAAAGAAUUACUGGCUUUGGAAGGGAAUAUGGCCAAAUUCUGCCGCCACUUGGCUCUAGAUGACGUCGAUUACUGUUUCCCCCGUUUGUUAGUGAACACAAAACUCAACCAGAACUUGGGCUUAGUGACGGCUGACUCAGAGGGCUGUCUGCAGCUAUGCCUGGAAGAAGUGGCGAAUGGCCUCCAGAAUCCGGUUGCCAUGGUCCACGCCAACGACGGCACACAUCGCUUCUUUGUGGCGGAGCAGGUUGGUCUCGUAUGGACCUAUCUCCCUGACCGCUCCAGACUGGAAAAGCCAUUUUUAAACAUCUCUCAAGCCGUCCUGACCUCGCCCUGGGAAGGCGACGAGCGAGGGUUUCUAGGAAUUGUCUUCCAUCCAAAUUUUAAGCAUAAUGGCAAAGUCUAUGUUUACUACUCGGUGGAAAUUGGCUUCGAUGAGAUCAUCCGAAUCAGCGAGUUCAGAGUUUCCACUCAUGACAUGAACACGGUCGAUCACAGCUCAGAGAGGAUAAUCUUAGAAGUGGAGGAGCCGGCAUCCAAUCAUAAUGGCGGGGAGAUACUCUUUGGAGAUGACGGCUUCCUAUACAUAUUUAUUGGAGACGGAGGCAUGGCCGGAGAUCCGUUCGGAAAGUUUGGAAAUGCUCAGAACAAAUCCACUUUAUUAGGCAAAGUCCUCCGUAUUGACGUGAACCAUAACAACCACGGACCUCUUUACCGAAUCCCACCAGACAACCCGUUUGUCAAUGACCCAUCUGCCAGGCCCGAAGUCUAUGCUUACGGGGUGAGGAACAUGUGGCGCUGCUCAUUUGAUAGGGGAGACCCCCAGACAAAGGAAGGGAAAGGACGCCUGUUCUGUGGAGAUGUAGGACAAAAUAAAUUUGAAGAAGUCGACAUUGUAGAGAAAGGAAAAAAUUAUGGCUGGAGAGCCAGGGAAGGCUUCAGCUGCUAUGAUAAAAAACUGUGCGCCAAUUCUUCACUAGAUGACGUUCUUCCGAUUUUCGCCUAUCCUCAUAAACUGGGGAAAUCAGUCACUGGUGGGUACGUGUACAGAGGCUGCGAAUAUCCAAACCUUAAUGGACUUUAUAUAUUCGGAGAUUUUAUGAGCGGGAGAUUGAUGGCCUUGAAGGAAAACCAGAAUACAGGGGAGUGGCAGUACCAUGAGAUCUGUAUGGGGAUGGGACAGACGUGCAUGUUCCCCGGCCUUAUCAAUAACUAUUAUCAGUACAUAAUCUCUUUUGCGGAGGAUGAAGCAGGAGAACUUUACUUCAUGUCUACUGGUAUACCAAGUGCCACAUCCCCCACCGGUGUCGUGUACAAGAUUAUAGACACCUCAAGGAGGGCCCCGCCGGGCAAAUGCCGUUUCCAUCCGAUACCAGUGAAGACGAGGAGCGCCACUUUGCCCUUUGUACCAAAAGAAAGUUUCCUUCUAUGCUGUGGAUAUAUCUACUACACCCACCUAAAGUGGGACCACAUCCCUGGACCCCCCAGAGACAGUUUUUUCCUUGGUCAUUCACCAACACUGAUGAAGCUGAUGGAGAAUAAUGUGGUCAUUUACGAGCCCUUCUUCGAUUGGAUGGAAAAGUAUGGGCCAGUAAUACGUCUUAAUGCAGUCCACAAGGUGAUGGUCUUUGUUCUUAGCCCCGAUGGAGUUAGGGAAUUCUUGAUGUCACACAAAUUCACCAAAGAUGAUUUCUAUGACCGUCUGCACAGUAUGUACGGAAAGAGAUUUUUGGGACAAGGUCUACUUUCCGAUCGAGACUAUGAGCAUUGGCACAAACAGAGAAGGAUUAUGGAUCCUGCAUUCAGCAAAGCCUACCUAGUAGGAUCAAUGAGAACCUUUAAUGAUAAAGCAGAGGAACUGGUGGACAAACUGGCAGAAAAGGCAGAUUGGAAAUGUCAGGUUGGAAUGCACGAAAUGAUGAGUAGAGUCACACUGGAUGUCAUUGCCAAGCUUGCCUAUGGGAUGGAGCUGAAUGCUGUUCAGGAUGAUCAAACGCCAUUUCCUCAGGCUAUAACAGUUAUUAUGAGAGGAAUGGUAGAAACACGCAAUCCACUGGCACAGUUUAAUCCAUACAACCGAGCCUUUAUCAAAGAGGUGAAAGAGAAAAUGCAUUUUCUGAGAAAAACAGGCAAAGAAUGCAUUGAGCAAAGGAUGAAGGUGAUUCAAGAUGGAGAGGACGUUCCUAAAGAUAUCCUUACGCAGAUCCUUAAAGCUGCUGAGCUGGAAGGCGGCUGCACUAUGGAGGAUUUCAUAGAUAAUUUUGUGACUUUCUUCAUUGCAGGACAAGAAACAACCGCCAACCAGCUGUCCUUUGCUGUUCAGGAAUUAGCACGACAUCCAGAGAUACUAGUAAGGGUCCAGGCGGAAGUGGAAGAAGUUAUUGGCUCAAGAAGAGACAUUGAAUAUGAAGAUCUUGGCAAACUGCAAUAUCUCUCUCAGGUUCUAAAAGAAACUUUAAGGUUGUACCCCACAGCUCCGGGAACAUCAAGGAGCUUAGAAGAGGAAAUGGUCGUCGAAGGAGUCAGGAUUCCUGCUGGAUCGAAUGUAAUGUUCAACACGUACAUCAUGAGCCGGAUGGAAAAAUAUUUUUCUGAUCCCUUGGUCUUCAACCCAGAUAGAUUCCACCCUGAUGUCCCCAAGCCUGCCUAUGUCUACUUUCCAUUUUCUCUUGGGCCGCGAUCAUGUAUUGGACAAGUGUUUGCUCAGAUGGAGGCAAAGGUGGUCAUGGCCAAACUUAUACAGAGGUAUGAGUUUGAGCUGGUGGAAGGACAGAGCUGCAAGAUUUUGGACAAUGGGACCCUGCGCCCCUUGGACGGUGUCAUUUGCCGACUGAGACCUCGAGCAUCAAAGAAAUAAACCACAUUACCUAAUUCCAUAGGAAAGAACAUUUGGAUUAGUUCUCAUUCAUACCAGGGUACCAGUUCUGUACUUUGGUCUAUGUCAGUGCUCAUGCCUGGGCCUGGGUAAUGGACGUAUUCUCCCUAAGGGUCACACAUAAUGGAUGUGCAGCGUAUUUUAUGCUGCGGAUCCGCCAAUGACCCGACCCAUAGUGUGCCUUCAGCUGUUGCCACACAGGGGCCUGCGAGUCACACAGUGCACUCAGUGACUCGCAGGGCGGGGCAAAAGCUGGAGGUACACUAUGGGUUGGGUCAACCGGCGGAUCCGCAGCGUUAAAUACGCGGCAGAUCCGUUACGUGUGACCCUACCCUUGGGAUAUGUUCACACUGUGGAAUUUCGGUGCUUCUGCUCAGAUUCAUUUCUGCCAAUUUGUGCUAAAUUUAUGCAAAUUAUCUUGCGCUCCGCACACAGACUUUGGAUGCAUCUCAGAGUUCUAUUGACUUUAAUGGAGUUCUCCAAAAACUAUUGACAGGUUCAAUGUUUUUUUUCAGAAUCCAGAAGAAACAAUUUCCACAACGGAAAUUCUGCAGCAAAAAAAAUUUGCUGUUUGAAUAUUAACAAUAUUACGGUAACUUCAUGUACCAGAAGUUCUGAACUGAAAUUUUCCUCCGGAUCCUAUAUGGAAAUGUUGCCGUGUGAACAUACAAUUCACCACUAUAUAGAUAUUUCCGUAUUUUAAAGGGGACCUCUCAUCAAACAAACUUUUGAUAUAUUUUAUAUUA